AAAUAAAUUUCUGAAUCGAAUAUUAUAAACAUUUAUUUUAUGGGUGUCAACUAUAGAGACAAUAUUAAAGGCAAAACCAAAUUCGCUCACCUGUGCAUACCCUUCUUCAAUAAAAGCAAGCCCACCUCUGUAUGUAUAUACUCGUACAUAUAUUGGUACUUUCCCCGAAAACAAAAACGUUCAACUGCGGUAGGCAAAGGCAACUGUCGUCUUGUGUUUGACGACUACAAAAAAGCCACAUUAAAUUUCUCAAGUGUAAGCAAACGGGGCGCAGUAAGCCAAUCGCUUCGUCGCACUCAGCUCGUCUUUCAUAAAAGAAAAUUUUGUUGGAGAUAAAAUGGAGGCAAGAAAUUAUCAGUUGCGUCUGGUAGACUAUGUCACUAAACGAAACGGCAUUAUAUACUUGCCUACAGGCACGGGAAAAACAUACGUGGCGAUCCUGGCGCUAAAACGGUUUUCAAAGGACAUGGAUAAGCCUGUCGAUGGUGGAGGGAAGCGAGCGGUAUUUAUGUGCAAUACUGUGGAAUUAGCUCGCCAGCAAGCUAUUUGUAUUAAAAAACUUACGAGCUUAAAAGUCGGAUUCUAUGUGGGCGAAAGAGAUGUAGACUAUUGGGAACCAAAAAAAUGGGACGAGGAAAUAAAAGAAAACCAAGUACUGGUGGGCACGGCCCAGGUUAUGCUAGAUCUCGUAUUACAGAAGCGCCUGGGACUAGGAUCCAUCAGUAUUGUCAUCUUCGACGAGUGUCAUCAUGGCACUGGCCAACAUCCCUACCAUGAGUUUAUGCGCCUGUUUCAAUGUGCCAAUCCCAAUGAUGAACUUCCCCGCGUCGUUGGCUUAACUGGUGUGUUAAUCAAGGGCAAUGAAAUCAAAAAUGUAGCCAAAAAACUCAAGGAAUUGGAAACAACCUACCGUGGCAACAUAAUAACCGUAUCGGACAUGCAUGAAAUCGAGAACGUAAUGUUGCACUCAACCAAGCCGGUCGAACUAGUCGCCUCUUAUCCUUUGGACACAUACUCUUUUGAUGUCAUCAACAAAAUUAAAGCACGAAUCGACCAAUUUUACAAGACAUUAGAAGUUUUGGACAUUGGCACGCAGCCAGUGCGCAUGUCUAAGGGACUGCAGAAGGUCCGCGAGCCGAACAAAAAGACCUACGUUAAAACGAUCCUUAACGAUUUUCUAUACCAACUGAAUGAUUUCGGCAUUUACACAGCAUCAAUUGCCAUAAUGGCAGUGAUUGUAGAGUUUGAAAUAAAAAGGAGACAGGCGGAGACCCUAACCUUGCGCAAUAUGUAUCGUGCGGCUAUAACACUGUGUGACCACAUUCGCCAUCUGCUAGUGAGCAAAAUGCUUGACUGGCUCGACGAGAACGAAUCAGAUGGACUGGAAAAUAGAGAGGACAUCAUUCUCAAUUUUUCCACACGCAAAGUGCAAACAUUCUUGAACUAUUUGAAGCAGACAUUUGCCGGCAAGCAGGCAAAGGACAUUUGCUGUCUAGUGUUUGUGGAGCGACGGUAUUCGGCCAAAUGUAUCUAUGGCAUGUUACUGAACUACAUUGCGGGAACUCCAGAGCUGAAGAAUGUGCUGGUGCCACAGUUUAUGGUCGGGCGCAAUGGGCUGUCGCACGAUUUUGGCAGUGUAUUGCAGCGCAAGUGCCAGAAGACGGCAAUUAAAGAAUUUCGGGACGGCGAAUGCAAUCUCAUGGUAUGCUCCAGCGUUCUGGAAGAGGGCAUCGAUGUGCAGGCCUGCAAUUAUGUGCUCAUUCUAGACCAACUAAAAACAUUCAACAUGUAUGUGCAGACAAAGGGACGAGCACGGUCUAAGGAUGCCGUGUUCGUGAUGUUCUGCUCGCAGGGAGAUAGAGAUAAGAUGUCCCAGCGAUUACAGCAGUAUCGUGAGGCGCAUAUUGAGAUAGCAGCAUAUCUAAAACAACGCGUUUUGGAGCGUGAACCACAAGAUUACGAAAUCGAAGAGCACUUCCAGGAUGUAAUCAAGCCAUACAUAAAUUCCAACGGCGCCCUGCUUCUACCCUCUAGUGCGUUAUCACUCCUGUAUAGGUACUGCCAGCAGUUACCUGUAGACGCAUUUGGCAUUGUGCUUCCCUGGUUCGAGCGACUACCGCCUGAUGCAAACCAGGGACGCAACAAGGAAAUUGUGUCCGUUACGCUGCCACUAACCUCGUUGCUGCGCGAGACGAUCUAUAGCGACCCCAUGAAUUGUACCAAAUGGGCAAAGAUAUCGGCCGCCUUCAAAACAUGCAUUAAAUUACACGAACUAGGCGAAUUCAAUGAGCAUUUGUUGCCCACGACAGUCCAGGAACGGGUCGAGGCCAUAGCAGAUGUGCAUUUCGAACACUGGAAGAAAUAUGGCGACAGCGUGACCAUCAAGCGUAAGGAAAAGGCACAAAAGGAGCAAGAACUUAGUUAUCCAAGCUCCUGCCCUAGCGAAAUGUAUGAUGCACAACCUCGCGUGGCCGAACCGUGCUACGCUUAUGAGAUCAGUCUGUGUCCGCAAUUUGAGCGCAACGAUUACACGGCCCACAUGCACGAUCAUCUGCAGAAAGGCGGCAACUACGCGUUGUUAUUGCGCAAACGACUCCCGCGCCUCGCAGAGAUGCCACUAUUUAGCAACCAAGGUAAAUUGACUGUAAAAGUUGCGGAGGAACCUCAGGUGCUGUGCAUCAAUAGCGCCGAUGAACUGGAGCAAGUGCAACGCUUCCAUAUGAUGAUAUUUCGAGACCUGCUUCGCAUCUGGCAGCCAUUCUUUGUGCUGGAUCGGAGUAGCAAGGAACACUCAUAUCUUGUGGUGCCGCUGGCAACACAGGGUGGCGGAAUUGACAUGGAGAUGGUGGCGAGGUUCCAGAGUCUGCCCGCACCUCGAAAGUACGGCCUCGCAGAACGCAGAAAGCAAGCGCUUCCCAAGGCCGAAGAUUUUGAGGGCAAGGUUGUAACUCAGUGGUACGCCAACUAUGAGCACAAGCGUAUGCUAGUGACUAAGGUGCACACAGAGCUGACGCCUAUGAGCAUGAUGGAGGACAAACAAAAAGACAAGAGCUACUAUGAUUUCACAAUGUCCAAAUACAAGGAGAACAUUGAAGACGUUGCGCACAAGACGCAGUUCCUCCUGGAGGUGAGGGAGUUGACGGAUCGGCUCAACUUCUAUGUGAACCAACGGGGCAAAUCGUCCGCACUGGCCAAGGCUCGCGCAAAGGUGCUCCUAAUUCCAGAACUCUGUUUCAACUUUCACUUCCCGGGCACCAUGUGGGUAAAGCUGCUUUUUUUGCCGAGUAUUUUGCGUCGCCUCACAUUCAUGCUGCAUGGGGAGGCAUUACGCGUGCGCUUUAAUAAAUAUCUGGGGCUUGAUAGCAUUCCAGUGAAUGGAGAGUUGUAUCGCCCACAACCUUUGGCUAUUGACUUGUCACUGCGGCGGAACGUUGACGAAGUAGGCAAUGCGAUAGCAGGGGAGGUGUUCGAGGAACCUAAGUCGCUGUUAGAGCCGUUGCCCACUAAAGUGAUUGAGGACUCUACCGAAAAGAUGGAAAUCGAAGAUCUGAAUAUACCUUGGCAGAACUAUAUGCAGCCGAUUGACUUGGAACGCAAAAUGAUGAUCAGUUAUCCAGUUGAGUUAAGCUACUAUUGUCGCUUCACCAGUGGCGAUCUUAUAAAGCUAGAUAAGCUGGAGACAGCUGAUAAACAGUUGUGGGCAGAAACGCAGUUUAAAAUGCCAAAGAGCAACGUAUACACCACCCAGUCAUCACCGGUCAGUAUAAGUGCAUCAGUGCCCGCCUUAAUGCCCUCAUCGUCCCAGAAUUUAUGUUCUCUCUCUGUAUUAAAACGCAGUAUGUCCAAUGAAAGCAUUAUUCCAGCAGAACAAUGCGAAUUUAUGGCCGCAAUCACGUCUGCCGGCAGCGUCGAUGUUUUCGACAUGGAACGCCUCGAACUUCUCGGCGAUUGUUUUCUUAAGCUCAGUGCCACGCUCUAUCUAGCCAAUAAGUAUCCGGACUGGAACGAGGGCAUAUUAACGCAAGUAAAAUCAGCGCUGGUCUCCAACCGCAAUCUUCUUUACUGCUUGAGAGAAACAGACAUACCACAUUGCAUCUGCAACUCUGUGUUUACCCCGAAGUACACGUGGCUUCCGCCUUCUACAAGUCUACCCCACAACAUUCGUGCCAUAUGGACAAAGAAGCCUCAGAUUGCAGCUCUAAUUGGGCCGCACAACUUGAGGGAUCUUGUGCUUAGCGAUAAUGAGAUCAACGGUUCCGGCGAAUGCAGCGCAGAUAAUUAUCGGAACUUCAUUGAAAGCUGUCAAGCCAAUAAGCACACGCAUCAUGCGGGCCAAAACUUCCACGCGGACAUUAAUUUUUUGGUGCACCAACAUCAACUGGCGGACAAGGUGGUGGCGGACACAUUAGAGGCGCUUCUGGGAGUGAUCGUGAAGAACUAUGGACUGCAGCACGGCUUUCGCAUGCUCGAGUACUUUGGCAUAUGCAAGCCAGACAUAGGGAAGCCUCUGACGCAGUUGCUCGACCUGCAACUUGGUAGUGACCGCAUUCGCACAAACAUUACAGCUCGUGAGGUCGACGCUUUCCUGCUAAACCAUGCAUUCCUGGAGGCCAACCUGGGCUAUACUUUUCGCGAUCGUGCUUACCUCCUUCAAGCACUGACGCAUCCUUCUUUUCCUACGAACCGAUUGACUGGCUGCUAUCAAGAGCUAGAGUUCAUUGGCGACGCAAUACUGGAUUUUUUGAUAUCAGCGUACAUCUUCGAGCACAAGACACGCAUGACUCCCGGUCAGCUGACAGAUCUCCGGUCAGCACUGGUUAAUAACACCACUCUUGCAUGCAUAUGCGUGCGUCACCGUUUCCAUUUUUUUAUAUUGGCGGAAAACGCGCUUCUCUCGGAGUCCGUGAAGAACUUUGCUGAAUUCCAAGAGUCACAGGGUCAUCGCGUUACAAACCACGUGCGCAUUCUGAUGGAAGAGAGUGACGUGCAGCCUGUGCCGCUGGACAGCGAUGAGGAGGUAGAUCUUGAGAAGGACUUGGUUCUCGAGACAAACUCUGCUGGAAGUCGUCGCGGUGACGCUGCUCCAACUGCGAUUGGGGAAUUCAAUUUGGCACAUAAUGUUGACGUACCCAAGGCUCUUGGCGAUGUUGUGGAGGCCUUAAUAGCAGCCAUAUAUUUGGACUGCCGUAGUCUGGAAACCACCUGGCAGGUGAUCUACAAAUUGUUUGAACCCGAACUAGUGGAAUUCUCACGUAACGUGCCUAUCAAUCCAAUCCGUCAGCUAUUCGAGCAUAAGGUGGCCAAUCCACAGUUUACUCAGCCGAUCGUGGAUCAGAACAUGGUAAUGGUCUGUUGCCAAUUCACUUGCAUAGACAGGACCAUGAAGGUGCAUGGCUUUGGCACAAACUCGAAUCAGGCCAAGCUUGCGGCGGCGAAGCAUGCGUUACAGAAACUGGCAAAAUGCGAAGCAUAACCAAUCUAUAUGCAACAGUUGCACUUGUUAUACCCUGUACGCAUAGGGUAGAAAGAGUAUAUUAGGUUUGUGCAAAGCAUUCGACCCCAUAAAGUAUAUAUAUUCUUAAUUAGUAUGAGAGAAAUCGAUCCACCUGUCCGUCUGUCCGCGUGAAUGAACGCCUGGAUUUCGGAAACUACUAAGCGCACAUUAACCAAGCUCCUCCCCCCCUUGCCGCUACAGAAUUUUGUCAAUGCCCCACAUUUCAAAAGCUACAUAAACUAAUGUUUACACACGUAAUCAAUAUAUAAUUA